AUGACCUCUCACAACCCGCUCCCGUCGUCCUACACUACUGCGCACCGCUACCGAGAGCUGCAGCAUCAUCGACGUCGUCUCCCGAGAAGACUCUUCGAUAUGGCAACCCCAGGCGCGGGUCCGCCCAGCUACUCAUUCUCCCAGCCGCCGAGCUACCGCUCCCACCAGCCGGGGGGCACUCCGACGCCCAUCGGCUCCGCGACUUCCGAGCUGGGCGGUAGCGCCAGCUUCCAGGACAUCGAUCCGGACCGAAUGGACAUCCUGGUGAAAAACUUCCACGGUUCCAUAGGCGUCCUGUACUCGGAGAAGAGCACGUACUACAAGCAGCUCGCGAGCAACAUCAAGGGCCACUACCGAACAAGUCUCUACUUCACCGCGACAGAGAUCAUAAACUAUGACGACCCCGGCUGGCUGGACGCGUCCGUUCGCCACACACACCUCAUAUUCGUGGGUAUACCGCAGACCAAGAAGCGAGGGACGACGCGCAAGGGCAAGUCCACGAGCCUGGACGCAACAAGUCGGGAAGAGACGCUGAUGUCGCGCGAGAACCGCAAGCUGUCGACGGUGGUGGUUGUCAACCCGACGCCGGGCCGCGGGAAGACAGAUAGAAAGGGCCACUUUCUUGAUCGGUUUGUGCAUCUACCUCUCCAGCAGCCUGGUGACCUUCCACGUCUUGCACAGACCGCCCUUGCCAUUUUUUCAGGUGCAGCUCCAGUUGCAUCAGCCGAUGACAACGUCUACUGGAGUGUAGAACCAAAGUUGCUUGAGGUCUGGAAAGACCAGUCACUUGGUCUCUCCAUCAUGACCAGAGAGAUGUCCCACGAUUCGAUGUUUUCGCGUAUCGUGCUCAUCAAGAGCUUCAAUGAGGACUGUCUCCCCGAGCUACAGAACAAGCUGGGCAAAUACACACACAUCCAGUUCGUGAACGGCGUCUUCCUCGACGGCCUCCCCAUCGAUCGCGUCACGGAAAUCUUUCGCACUCUCCCCCACCACCGCAUCCAGCUACUCGUUCGCUACAUCCACCCUCGCCAGCGACGGCUUCUUCAAGCUCUCCCGAAUCGGUCCUCGACCUACUCUGCCACGAAGGCCGUGCAAGUCCGCAGGGGCUCCGACGCUCUUGAGGUAAUCCCCAUGCCCCUGUAUAUCCUGGGAGAUAAUUACUCCCUCCAGAAGGAUUUGUUUUGUAGACUCAAAAACGAAGAGUCCCCUAGUUCCAGCAUCGCCCUGCCGAGCCCCGGGGCACGCUCAGAUAGUUCGACCACGCCCCUCAUGUUCAUGUCGCCAAUGGCGGCACCCUCGAGGUCACUGAGUGGAGCUAUGGGCGGAGGUGACCAUGGGUACACGAGACAGAAGAGCGAGCCGGUUGCCAUCUCUUCCAGUGACAACCUGAGCUCGUUAGAUGUCGUCAAGAGAGGGGUCACCCAGAUAAAGAAGAAGUCGGCUGGCAACAUGUUUCUUCCGCCAGAGUUCAUCGAAACGGACGAGUUCAUCGAGCGAGCAGCUGUCCCGCAGAACCGGUUCAAAGUCGACUCGAACUUCCUACCCGAUUUCGACCGAACAGACGAGGAAACCCUCAGCCCGAGUCUCCACCCGCCAACGGUGAAGAGAUAUGGUAGCACCCACCCUGACAUCGGGUCUCCUCAGUACAUCCUCCACGUCCUGCGUCAGUCUGUGGACCGUAACCUCGCCCACCUCUUCCUCAAACCAAACGGCAUCUACCUGAUCGCCAUCGGGCUGGAAGACAUCGUGGCCGACCCGCUAAUCCAGUACGAGAACCUGUUUUUCUGGCUCCGGCUGAUCCAUUCGCACGUGAAACCUGCCGACAUUCGACGCAUCAUCGUAGUGGGGAUGUACACCAAGUCGGAACUGCAAGUGGAGGAAAGCAGGAUCAUCCAGUGUGUGCAGCACCUCAACACGGCCAUUCGCGAGACGAUGAGACAGAACUACAACCUCCCCGUGAAGGAGGGCGGGUACGUCUUCAUCUGCAACCUCGACGCUCCAAACGAUCUCCUGUACCUCUGCGCAUGCAUCCGGAUGUGUGUCGAGGUGUUCAUCGACCAGGCCUGGUACUUCCAGCGGGAGUUCUUCAACUCCGUUUUCAUGCCGUUCGAGUCUUACAAGAACGUAUGCUCAGACGUAAUCCGACAGAGCAAGAACAAGGUGGUCCUGCGGAGGUCAAAGGUCGAGCGGCUCUACCAACAAAAGACGGAGAUUCCCAGCAAUUUCUGGAGCACGCUAAAAAUUUACUCUUCCGUUCUCUUCACCCAAAAGGGCGGAGAGUGUCUGGUGCGACCUUCGUUUGUGGUGAAGCUCCUCAACACGUGCACGCAGAUGAACCACCACGAGAUAGAGGUGUUUUCCGUCCAACAUACCUCCCUCCAACAGUUCCCCAUCAUCAGGGCCCAGUUACUCAACCACCGCAUGUCUGGCGAGAUGCACGUCACGGAGCAGAGCCAUCAGAACACCGUCAUCGAAUGGAUGAAGACGCUCGAAGUCGUGUACAGCCUCGGGAAGUACGGGGAGAGGGAGAUCUUCUUCAUUCCUUACCUCGCGACACACUCGCUCGCCGACAGCGCCCUCUACAGUUGGAACGACGCAGUCGCUGAGGAGUUUAGAGAUGCGAGCGUCGUUCUCUAUGCGAAGCUGAGUAUUCCGGCCACGCAGAAGUUCUUCUACCAGCUGAUUGCCUCGCUGCUCACGGACAUCCUCCAGAAUCCCAGCAUCUCCCGCUGCUUCAUCAACCUCGGGUGUACCGAGGCAAUCAUCCCACUCAACAGUAAGGGCAGUUCAGUUGCGUACCCUACCCUGCUCUGCUAUCAUCCCAUCCAGAACAUCAUCGAGUUCAGGACUACAACAAACAGGUCUCUUGCCUUCCUCUCCUCCAUUGAAGAGAAGCUGAACGAAGUCUACACCAACUCCUCGUACAACACAGCACCCAAUGCUUUCAGGAGCUCCAUGACGUUCUACGUCCCUGCUGCCAAGUUCGAGCAGCAUAUCCGGGACAGUCCCAUCUGGAAAUUGGGCAACGUGGGGAGGAAGACGCCAACCGCAAACGGUGGGCUGGGUCUCCUUGAUCGUGGCGGGAGCAGCGGUAGUAUCCGUGUCGAUGGUGGGAGUGGGGAGGGGAGUGGAGGUGAGGGGGAGAGCACGGUGAACGGAGAGGGAGAAGAUGAGGACGACUUGUACGAUGGACCGGAGAAGUUUCUUCUCCCGAUCAAGUACCUCACUGACCCAGGGAACAGGGACAAUGAGGAGCUGAGGGCGUGGGCAUCUUCUGCUCCCGAGAUGAAAGAUCUGUCGUCGGAUACGUUCCUCGAAGUUGCAAAGAUCCUCAGUACCAACGAGUACUGGACGCGGGUCGGCUCCAAGCUGGAUCUCAUGACGUUCGACGACAUCAACUACUUCAGAUCAAACCCCGUCAAGGGAGGCAACGGUUCUGAGGUCCUGCAGCGAUGGCAGGAAAGCAACCUCACCUACAGAGAUCUCGUGAAUGCACUCAAGGACGUCAACUUAAACCGAGCUGCGGACGUCAUCGAAAAACAUUACCAGAAACCUCGAACGACGCGGUAGCCGCCUACCUUCACUCCUCUCUCUUCUGCCUUCAAGAUCUACAGCUCGUAACUUAGCUGGCGGAUGCCUCUACCAGUAUAAUAUACUCUAUUUCUUAGACACUCUCGCUCUCUAACUCUGACUAACUCUGACUAACUCGCUGCUCUUUUGCUGGCAUGCAUUGGCAAUGUUUCAAAUUCUUCCCAAAUCAAACUACUUGUGAGUUGACUGCGUGUUUGUGUGUGUGCAGUUACUCUUGUCUUUUGUACGUCUGUACAUUCACUUUCUCAGGCUAAAUACACUACACAUGUCCGUUAAUUUGCUCUUUGCAUUAGUCUAUAAUUUGCACAAAUGUUUUAUUUUGGUAUAUAUAUAUUUUAUAAUAUAUAUUUUCACUUCAAUAAUUGCACAUUAUUGAUAUCACUUUGUUACACGUC